GUUGUAUUUACUGGUUAUGGCUGUGUAAUGAUCUGAGGCAACAUCAUGGAUUACGUCGAAAAGAAAGAAUGACAUUGAUCUGAUCUCACGACCAUGCAGCUCCCAACUGCUCCCGGACCGCCGGGCGUGGCCGCUGCGACCACUGGAGCAAACGCGUCCAACAUCGCUGGGCCCAGUAAGAACCAUAGCGCCUCUCCUGCUGCUCCCCUAGCCGCGCGCACGAAUGCGAAUACGUCCAACUACGCUUCAGCCGGAGCGGGUGGCGGUGGUCAGCAUUUGUUUCAUCCACCCGCGGCGACGUCCGCGCACACUGUGGCGGCUUUCGGCCAGCACGCCACGGCUACGAACGCCACGGCUGCCGCGCACUUUGCGGCGCAAAUGUACCAGCAGGCUACGCUAGCGGCCGUGGCAAGUACAAGUAGAGGCUCGUCCUCUUCUACGCAGCACCAAGGCUCGUUUCUUCCCGGUGGGGUAGGGAGCUUCGUGCCGCACAAUUUGCACACCAUAUCGGCGGCCAUGGCCGCGGGUGGUGGCGGAGCAGGAGCGGGUGGGCAUCAUUUACUAUUUCCAGGAAGUCAUCAAUCCCAGCAACAGCUGCACCACC